AUGCCUGGCACCAUGGGAGGUUCAGAGAACAGAGGUGACUCAACCCCAGCCCCUGCCCUUGUGGAGCCCAAGUAUAGAGAGGGAGACCGGCAUGAAGAUGAAGUCAGUCAGGAUCGCAGUGAAGCCACUUUGAUAAAGAGGUUUAAAGGUGAAGGGGUCCGGUACAAGGCCAAACUGAUCGGGAUUGAUGAGGUUUCUGCAGCUCGGGGAGACAAGUUAUGCCAAGAUUCCAUGAUGAAACUCAAGGGCAUUGUUGCGGGCGCACGCUCCAAAGGAGAACACAAACAGAAAAUCUUUUUAACCAUCUCCUUUGGAGGAAUCAAAAUCUUUGAUGAGAAGACAGGGGCCCUUCAGCAUCAUCAUGCUGUUCACGAAAUUUCCUACAUUGCAAAGGACAUCACAGAUCACCGGGCCUUUGGAUACGUUUGUGGGAAGGAAGGGAAUCACAGAUUUGUGGCCAUAAAAACAGCCCAGGCGGCAGAACCUGUUAUUCUGGAUUUGAGAGAUCUCUUUCAACUUAUCUAUGAAUUGAAGCAAAGAGAAGAAUUGGAAAAAAAGGCACAAAAGGAUAAGCAGUGUGAACAAGCUGUGUAUCAGACAAUUUUGGAAGAGGAUGUUGAAGAUCCUGUAUACCAGUACAUUGUGUUUGAGGCUGGACACGAGCCAAUCCGUGAUCCCGAAACAGAAGAAAACAUUUAUCAGGUUCCCACCAGCCAAAAGAAGGAAGGUGUUUAUGAUGUGCCAAAAAGUCAACCUAUAAGCAAUGGCCAUUCGUUUGAAGAUUUUGAAGAACGGUUUGCUGCAGCCACCCCGAACAGAAACCUGCCUGUGGACUUUGAUGAGAUUUUUGAGGCAACAAAGGCUGUGACCCAAUUAGAACUUUUUGGGGACAUGUCCACCCCUCCUGACAUAACCUCUCCCCCUACUCCUGCAACUCCAGGUGAUGCCUUUAUCCCGUCUUCAUCUCAGACACUUCCGGCAAGUGCAGACAUGUUUAGUUCUGUACCUUUCAGCACUGCUGCUGUACCCUCAGGUUACGUGGCAAUGGGCGCCGUCCUCCCAUCCUUCUGGGGCCAGCAGCCCCUUGUCCAACAGCAGAUCGCCAUGGGUGCUCAGCCAGCAGUCGCUCAGGUGAUGUCGGGGGCUCAGCCCAUCGCAUGGGGCCAGCCGGGUCUCUUCCCUGCCACUCAGCAGCCCUGGCCAGCUGUGGCCGGGCAGUUUCCGCCAGCUGCCUUCAUGCCCACACAAACUGUUAUGCCUUUGCCAGCCGCCAUGUUCCAAGGUCCCCUCGCCCCCCUUGCAACCAUCCCAGCCACGGAUGACUCCACCAGGUCAAGUCCACAGGCUGAAAAGCCCAGGCAGAAAAUGGGGAAGGAAAUGUUUAAGGAUUUCCAGAUGGCCCAGCCUCCACCCGUGCCCUCUCGCAAACCCGACCAGCCCUCCCUCACCUGUACCUCAGAGGCCUUCUCCAGUUACUUCAGCAAAGUCGGGGUGGCACAGGAUACAGAUGACUGUGACGACUUUGACAUCUCCCAGUUGAAUUUGACCCCCGUGACUUCUACCACGCCAUCCACCAAUUCACCUCCAACCCCAGCCCCUCGACAGAGCUCUCCGUCCAAAUCAUCUGCGUCCCACGCCAGUGAUCCUACCACAGAUGAUAUCUUUGAAGAAGGCUUUGAAAGUCCCAGCAAAAGUGAAGAACAAGAAGCUGAGCUGGAGCCUCUCUAUGCGCAGAUCAACAGACCUAAGAAAUAGCAUCGAUGCGGGCUCGUGGCGUGUGCUUCAAGACUGGCAUGGAAAUCAGCAUCAUGACAGGCUCUCUUGUAUUCGUUCACCUCACCUCAUCCCAUGAAGAAAUUCAUGAUUGCCCAAGGGAACUCGUUUGGAAGAAGGAACUAAAGAGUUUUUGGCAACCAAUGGCAGACACCUAUGGCAGCACAAAAAACAAAAAUUAAAAAACCCCACAAAAGUAAAAAAUCAUACCCAACAUUAAAUCACAAGUCAAGCAAAUGCUUACCUGACAAAUAUUCUGAGCUCUCUUAGUGUGGAUUUAAGAUGACCCAGUAUGCAAAAUCAUAAUUCUUUUUAUUUCUCUGCCUGCUGACCACUGUAGAGACAUCAAAUCUGGAGUGACAGGCCUCCGGGAGUGACAACAGGAUUGACACUGACCUCUCUAAGGCAAAAGCAAGAGGUCCUCCGUGACCACCGUAUCAUCCGCCAUAUGCCUUUUGAAUUCGAUGAUGUUUUUUUCAUCACUCCAUGGGUUCUGGUCUGCCAUUUCUCCCCCUUUCCUUUCUUUGUCAUGUUUGAAAAUUAAUGGGUGUACCAAUUUUUGUAUUGCUUUUGACUUUUUUUUGCAUAUGCGUGAAGAAAUCUAACUGGAGAAAGAAAGCCUCAUAGGAAAUGAAUUAACUUAAAACCACAAGACAAAUAAGUGGUUCGUUAUGAUCAAGAAUGUUGCCAAAACAACCCUUUAGCUAUUCUGCAUCCUGGUGAAGAAAGACAGCUUUGAACCUUCAUUCUGUGAGUAGGAAAGGACACCGGAUCCCAUUGAUGAGAAAGAUGAAAAAUUCAUCUGAUUUCCUAAGAAGCUCUAAACUCUUAAGUACAAUAAAAUGAUAUUUUUUAUUUUUCCGGUAUCUUGCUGCUGUGAUACUAUGCAGACAAGUGUCUUCUCCACGUGCCAUUUUCAAAGAAAAAUCAUUUGCCAAAUAAUUCUGGUAUAAUCCUGGUAAUGUGGUUUUGGAUCUUACAAACUGACUUUCUAACAGAACAAUGGUGAUAUGAAUAUCCAGAAUAACAAACUGAUUCCGUGAUCACAGUGGUUCAUCUCUCUCUUUUUGUACAUCAGAAAAUUCAAAUGGGAUUUUUAUUUUAUAACUUGAAAAAAAAACUUACCAUUAAACUCUUUAAAUAUUUAAGGGAAAUGGCUUUAAGGAGUUCUAAUGAAAAAAAAAAUGCCAGUUCUUUUUUUGUAAAUAUAAAUGUUAAUGAAAAUGCUUUUUAAUAAUGCCAUUACACUGUAGAGAAGGUAGCAGACUGAGUGCAAGAUGUGACAAACUUGAUAGAUGGGAAUUACUUCCCAGCUGUUUCUCUGGAGCAUAUGGGAGGAAGCUGGAGUUCAGGGGCAGCUGUCAAUCAGCAGCUAGUGGGCAGGAAGGGGGCAUGUAACUCCAUCAUCUAGUGUAGCCUUUCCACAAGAGUAAAACUUUCCACCCUCUGUGUAAAACAAGAAAAAGACAAUUCCCAUUUUGAAGGCCUGUCCUUCAGAUUCUGAAAUUGUCUUCUGCCUCAUCACUCCCACCUACCCAUACAGAGCUCACUGGACUGCUUGUGUGUGAAACAGAAGGGUUUAAUAAGCUUCCUUUUUUUACAUUUAUGAGGCAAAAAGCGCAGUGUUUGGUUGGUAUGUUUAGCACAUGAUUUUCAUAAAGAAUCUCUAUAUUUUUGCCCUACAGAGAACUGUUCUACAGGUCAAAUGUGUUUUCCUGACGUUCCUAUGCAGCUACAGUAUGUUGAAUUUAGUGGUUUAACACUAAGAAGAAAACUUUAAAGAAUCAUGUGAUUAAUUGGAUUUGGGGGUAAAUAAUUAAUAUGACUUGGUUGUAAAAUUAGAGAAGUAGAAUUUACAUUGAUAUGAUUGACUUAAACCAGACCUAUGUAGUUUGAUUCUUCAUAUCAAGAGAAACAAAUGAUUGGGAGGAAGGCAUAUUUGUUCAAAAAGAGAUCAUUGAUAAGUUAAAGUAAACUAUUACUAUUUGAAACCCAAAUUUUACACUAUCAGGUCACUGGAAUCUAGUUUUUUUUUUUCCAGUUAGGUAAACUGACCAAAUGGCCAUUACAGAAUAUAUGUAAAUGUCAUCCUGAUGUGGAAGGUCUGAAGAUCCAGAAAAGAGAGAGCCAUUUACCUCCCUCUGUAGCUAUCACCUGUUGGUCCACAUGAUUUUUCCAGGAAUGUGCAUACACUUUAUGAUUCAGUAAAUCUUCCACACUAAGGGGAAAAUGGGAAAGGUGUGACAACCUGAGAGUUGUCCUGAAGCCAGUUUGAUUGUAUUUUCUGGGGAUUUGACGACAUAGGCAGUUCUAGUGGGAAAAUGGCUCAAAUUGCUGUGUUGUCUCUGAUUCCGAUUUUAAACAAGUGGUGCUAUCUUCUCCCUUGAUAUGGCUGUCCUGGGUUUGUCUUGCAGUAUCACACUAUUAUACUGAUUCUUUGGGUUGCUUCUGACAUGUACAGAGUGAACUCUGGCUCAUGUUGCCAGUUCAAGUUCACCGUCUGGAAUUAAUUCCACAACAGAAAAUGACAGCCCAGUGGACUUGUCAUCAUUCAUUGGAUGUGACUGAAAAUGCAGCUGGCUCCGAACUUAAGAUGCCCAUGUGAUACGUUAAAGUGAGGGAAAUAAAGUCAAGAUUUUAAACUGCCAUCCAUGUCAGCAUUGGCAGAAUUUGAUUUUGACAGCACUGUUGGGUGAGCUCAGAACCACCUUGUCCUAUCCCAGGAGUACAGUGAAAUUUCCAAAUAAGAGCUGAGGUGCCGAUACCAAAAGGCCAUGGGGAGUCUGCGCCAUUCCGGUUAGAUCAAAGGAAAACCCGUGUGUCAACUGUUAAUUCCUCAUCAUUCACUAGCACUAAAUUUGUCACUUUAAAUUUUGAAACCAGGGAAACGCCACCUGUCGUUCUGUCCCCAUUCCCCAUAGCUCUUCGAUCUUCACAUGCCACAAGACUUUUUUUAUAAUUCGUACCCAUCCCAGUGUCUACAGAAACCCCAUCAUGUAAUGUACCGGGCACCUUCUUUUACGAAAAUGUUUACUCUGUGGGUUUGGUUCAUUUCAAUUUCUGCGUUCUGACACAUAUUUUUUUAAUAAAGAUGAGAAAGAGAAAAUGACUGUUGCAGUACAUUUCUAGACCUACUUUAACUUUACCUCAGAUGACAGUUUGUUAACAUAUAUGGACACAUUAUUUUUAACUUUAUGUACAAUACAUUCAACAGAACAGCAAAAUUUUUAGAAAUUUUCCAUUAAUUUCUGUAACACGCCAUGUAUAACUGUUACAAAUAAACAUGUUUGAGAACAACA